CAAUUAAUCCCCCCAGUUUGAUCAUUUCCAAUAAUCCCAUAACAAGUUAUAAUUAAGGAAUGGAAACUUCAAUUUCAGUACUAUGCUUAGUUUUAGUGGCACUAAUGUUUGUUUCUCCGGUGCCCAUAUCCGGGGUACCAUCAUUUUGCGAUAGUACUCCCUACCCGGAAACAUGCAAGUCAGCUUACCUAAGCAACACAGAAUACACCAAAUUCCCAAUCAGCUCAAAGUCCGAUUUCCUUAAAUGGUCAUUAAAGCACACACUUGACCAGUCCUACAAGUCCUGGAAAAAUGCUUAUUCAUUAGGGCCGAAAUGCCGUAACCCACGAGAAAAAGUUGCAUGGAACGAUUGCGUUCAGCUCUACGGAUUAAUUCUGGAGAAGUUGAACAAAACCGUCGACCCAACCAGCGGAUGCACGUCCGAAGACAGGCAGACUUGGCUUAGCUCGACGCUCACGUACAUCGAGACGUGCAAAGAUAGUUUUCACGAUAUAGGAAUCACCGAUAAUGUCAUGCCAUUAGUACACGACCAGGAACUUGCUAAUCUCAUUUGUAACAACUUAGCCGUCAACAACGGGUUUUACCCAGCCCCGGCAUACACAAACGGGUUUCCAAAUUGGAUUUCUCGAAGGGAUAGGAAACUCUUGCAGUCCGCGUCCCCCACGGCGAAUGUCGUGGUGGCGCAAGAUGGUUCCGGCAACUUUAAAACCGUUAGUGCGGCAGUUGCGUCGGCCCCCGGAAGCGGAAGGUAUACUAUUCAUGUGAAGGCGGGUACUUACUCUGAGAAUGUUCAGGUUUCAAAGAAGAACAUCAUGUUGAUCGGAGACGGGAUCGGGAAAACAAUAAUCACCGGGAGCAAGAGCGUUGGUGGAGGUUCUACCACCUUCAACUCAGCUACAGUUGGAAUUACUGGAGAUGGCUUUAUUGCUCGGGGCAUCACAUUUAGAAACACAGCCGGAGCAGCAAAGCAUCAAGCCGUGGCUCUCCGGUCCGGUUCGGAUCUAUCGGUCUUUUACCAGUGCAGCUUUGAAGGCUUCCAAGACACGCUCUACGUCCUAUCCAAUCGUCAAUUCUACCGGGAAUGCGACAUUUCCGGAACUGUAGAUUUCAUCUUUGGAAACGCCGCCGUCGUGAUCCAAAAUUGUAACCUCUACGCGCACAACACCCCGACUCAUACCAACACCCUAACCGCCCAAGGCCGAACCGAUCCGAACCAGAACACCGGGAUCUCCAUCCACCAGUGCACCGUCGCGGCGGCUUCCGACUACCAGAGCUCCGUGAAAACAUACCUCGGGAGGCCGUGGAAAGAAUACUCACGGACGGUUUUCAUGAAGACGGUUUUGGGUAGCCUGAUUCAACCGGCCGGUUGGUAUCCUUGGAGCGGAGAUUUCGCGCUCAAAACUUUGUACUACGGUGAGUUCGCCAACACGGGUCCCGGGUCGUCCACCGCGAACCGGGUCAAGUGGGGAGGAGUUCAUUCGAACAUGAGCCCCGCCGAUGCGUCCAAGUUCACCGUUGGUGGCUUACUUGGUGGCGGUUCCUGGAUUUCUGCCUCCGGCGCGCCAUUCAUCGCUGGCCUGUAAAAUGCAAUGCAAUGCAAUAAUAUUAUCUUGCCAGAUUCUAUGUAUCGUAUAUACUUUUUCUUUUUUAAUCUUUUCUAAAUAUUGUUGAAUUUUUCUGUAAUCUUAAUAAAGUUCUUGUAACAUAUGCUCAAAUGUUGCUGAUGUGUAUGCAGUUCUAAUUUGGUGUCUCAAUCUAUAUAUGCUUGUUUCCACGAUAGAAAAAUUAAAUCGAAA